AUCAUCAAAGUAGCUAACAAUGUCAUCCUCCAAAAUGAGCUUGAAGCUUCUUAUUGAUUCAAAACACAACAAAGUCGUCUUUGCUGAAGCAGGGAAAGACUUUGUGGAUUUCCUACUUAGCCUGCUUGCUUUGCCUGUGGGUUCCGUCAUUCGGCUCCUCACAAAAUCAACCAUGACUGGCUGCAUAGCAAAUCUUUACGAGAGCCUUGAAAAGCUGGAUGAAUCGUACCUGCAGCCUAACCAGAACAAGGAUUCCAUUUUGAAACCAACUAUAACAACCCAGGUCACCAAUCCAAGUUUCUUGCUUCCUGACACUAAAAAGCCGGAAGACCGGAAGUUUUACUAUUGCUCAAGCCAUCCAGGGUACGUGUCAGGUAUUCACAACUCUGUUUGUAGUCAUUGCAGGUCACAAGACUAUGGUACUCGUUAUAUGAAUCAAGAAGUAAAGUUCGUGCGUACGAAUGUCUCCGCCUCCACAGAUACACCAGCUAGUGAUCAGGCUGGAGGUUACGUGAAGGGCCUGGUCACUUACAUGGUGACAGAUGAUUUGUCAGUGUCUCCAGUGUCGAUGGUGUCCGUUGUUGGUCUGCUAAAGAAGAUCGAAAUCAAGGAUUUUAUUUUGCUUGAGGAGAAGGUUGUUGAGUUUGGGAUCGAUGAGGGUCUUGAAUUGUUGAAAGCUUCUUUUUUGUCAAAGGAUGCUCUCACUGCUGCUUUCCUUCCAAAGCUGCAUUAAGGACUUGGAUGGUGCGCUAGUAUCAAAUGAGAAAAAAAGGAGUUGAUGUGCGAUCUUCAGUUUUUAAAUUUACUAUGUUUGCCCUUUUUUUUACACUGCUUUUUUCUUGGUCCUUGUUCUUCUACGUAUUUCAGGCUAUUGUAUUGUUGAAGGCUUCUCUUUUGUCAAAUGAUGCUCUGACUGCUGUUUUCUGGAUAAAGCAGAAGGUUAGAUAUUGUGAUCCACCAAAAUAGAGAACAAGGCUUGUCCAAAGUCAGACAGUUCUUUCUGAUGUAAAACAGCAGCAGGACUUCCAGAAUUAUGCAGCACGAAAAAGGAAGAAGAAGUUGAUGUGACCAGCGGGAUCUGUCUAGCAAUUCCCAUCUUGUUGGGGUGGAUGUUUUCUGUAUUUUAGUGAUUGUGUUAAGUUCUCAUCCCUUCCAUUUUUGACAAGUAGAGUUUGUUUAGUUCUGUUUCUUUACAGCCCUGGUUAUCGACUACAGCAUGACAAUUCCAUCUUUCAGUGUUUUAUAUUGUGCCUUGCAAUCAAUUUUUCCACAAAUAACAAUCACAAAAAUGAGGGUGAUAAAAGAGAAUAAACACUUAAUCUAACUCUAAUCAUGCGGAAAUCAUUGUUUCACUAACUUGCUAGCUGUAGCCUUCCAGUGGGCCUUAUGUCAAGACUUUAGAUUAGCCGAAAAGGCAAGUGGAAGUCAAGCCCAAUACUGCAGAUUUUGGUUUCUAGCCACGAAAACUGGAAAAAGAUAUCCUUGAUUCUUGAGUAGCUUCGGUUGAAGUAUAGGUGCGGAUGGAAGAUGGCACAGUAUGUCCUUUUACACGGCCUAACAAGUUGGGCACUGUUUAUUUUAAUAUUGAUGAGGUUAGGAACAGACUCACCUGCCUGUUAUUACAAGAUUCUGUGCAUACUCAUUUACAGAGUACUUGACCUUUGGCAUUGGAGAUGUUUUAGUGCACAUGCAAGACAUUUAUUAGUUUUUUA